UCAUCUUUACUACUAGUAAUGUUCUUAUUCAGUUCUAUUCUCGUCACCAGCCAUUUUCCGUUUGGCCGCAGCAAACAAGCUUAUACUCAUUCAAAUGUCUCCUGUAUCGAGAGUGAAAGACAAGCUCUUCUUCAAUUCAAAGAUGGAUUGGUACAUAAAUUGAAUCGCCUGUCAUCUUGGAUUGGAGAUGACUGCUGUUCAUGGGAAGGCAUUGGUUGCCACAAAAUCACUGGCCACGUGGUGAAACUUGAUCUACAAAAUACGAAGGCAUUAUAUUCAAAUGAUGUAUUUAGUUACUGUAAAAAUUGCUUGGGAGGCCAAUUAAGUCCAUUUUUGGUCAAUUUGACCAAUUUGGGAUACCUGGACCUGAGCAACAAUAAUUUUUCAGGAAUCCAAGUUCCCACAUUCCUUGGAUUGUUGAAAAACUUGAGAUACUUAAAUGUCGCAAAUGCAGAGUUUGAUGGUGAAAUUCCCAGCCAUCUAGGAAAUCUCUCAUGUUUACGGCAUUUAGAACUUGGAGGUGUAUCCUUAACACCAAAUCAAUUGACGAUGAAGGAUCUCAGGUGGAUUGUUGGACUCUCUUCGCUAGAAGGCCUAAUUCUGAUCGAGGUGAAUCUCAGUGCCGUUGAAGAUGGGUUACAGGCAAUUAACAUGCUUCCUUCGCUAACAAGGCUCGAUUUAUUUGGUUGUGGACUUUUCAUCGAUCCUCAUCUUUCACAGGUCAAUUUCACAUCUCUUUCUUUCCUUGACCUCAGUGGAAAUAGUUUCAACAACUACAUGGUCCCUUCUUGGCUCCAUAAUCUUACUGGUCUCCAUGAUCUUGAUCUUAGCUCUAAUAAUCUUUCUGGUCCAAUUCAUGGCCUAUUCGAACAAAUGACCUCUCUAGUUGAUCUUGAUCUAGAGGACAACCGCUUUGAUGCAUCAACGUUGAAGUCACUUUGCAAUGUGAGCAGUCUUAAUUUUUUGGAUCUGAGUUCUAAUGACAUGCAAGGAUCAAUACCAAAUGAAAUAGGCCAACUUUCGAAGCUGCAAUCAUUGUUAAUUUCUUCCAACUCAUUAACUGGUGUAUUAUCUGAAGACCAUUUUGCAAAACUCGGAGAGCUAAAGUCAUUGGACCUAUCUGGAAACUUAUUCGCUCUGAAUGUGAGCUCCUGGUGGGUUCCUCCUUUUCAACUCCAAGAUAUUAUGAUGUCAUCCAUCAAAGUAGGCCCCCUAUUUCCUGCUUGGCUGCGAACGCAAAAGGAGGUUCAAUGGUUAGAGAUGAAGAAUGCGAGUAUUUCGGAUAGCAUACCCAGCUGGUUUGGAGUGCUUUGUUAUGAUAUUGUAUUAGUAGAUUUCUCGGACAACAACCUGACUUGGAAUCCGUUGGAGUUCAAACAAAUGAAGAAGAGUCCUCCUGAUGGUAAUUCUCCAAGCAUAGUUCUAAAGUCCAACAAAUUGGAUGGAUCUCUCAAAUCGUUUCCGUCUUAUAUUUACGAAUUAGAUCUUUCACAAAAUUUUCUUACUGGACAUAUUCCUUUGCCUGAUGUUGGCCAAACUGGUGCUUCUACUGGUAUUCUCAUGCUCAAUGAUAAUCAUUUCACAAGUAGUAUCCCAGAAGACUUGUGCAAGUUGGAAAACUUACAUUAUCUGGAUCUAUCCAACAAUUUCCUGUCCGGAAGAGUUCCUCUGUGUUUGGGAAAUUUGCCAAACCUGUGGGUUCUAAACUUGGCAAAUAACAGUCUAUGCGGUCAAAUUCCGAGUUCACUGGGCAACUUGGGGCAACUUUGGAUUCUGCAUUUGAAUCGAAAUAAAUUCGUUGGGAAUCUCCCAUCCUCAAUGCAGCGUCUAGGCAAUUUACAAAUUCUUGAUCUCGGUGACAAUGGACUCACGGAUAUUAUACCAACAUGGAUUGGGGAAAGGCUAUCAAAUUUAAAGUUUCUAAGAUUUCAGUCGAAUAACUUCCAUGGAGUCAUUUCUGAUGAGCUCUGCCUACUCUCAAGUCUUCAGGUGCUGAACCUAGCGCAUAAUAAUUUAACAGGAUCUAUUCCUCAUUGUUUUAUCAACUUCUCAAUGAUGGUAUCAAGUGAACCAGGGACUGAUCUCGACGCAUUCGGCGAUUCCACCUGGCUUCAAAACAUCAAGGGAGCAGGAGAACUUGAGUACUCCUCUGGGCAACUUUUGCUCGUUAAAUCCAUAAGCCUCUCAACAAAUAAUUUAGUGGGUGAGAUCCCUGAUGGGAUAAUGGAUCUGGUUGAUUUGCAAACUUUGAAUCUUUCACAUAAUCAUUUGACUGGAAGGAUCCCCGAGAAGAUUGGCAACUUGAAGCAUCUUGAGUCACUUGACCUAUCGAUGAAUGAACUCUUCGGUGCAAUCCCUGAAAACUUAUCUGCUUUAAACUGGUUGGAAGUCCUGAAUUUGUCACACAAUAACCUAUCAGGGCCAAUACCAUCAGGAAGUCAACUUCAGACCUUAACCGACCCAUCCAUUUAUGAAGGAAAUAGUGGACUUUGUGGCAAGCCACUCCCAAACACCUGUCUGGAAAACAAAUUGCCUACUGAAAAUGGGCAUAUUCAUGAUGAUCAAGGCAACGGAGAGUCUGAUUGGUCUUGGUUUUAUGCUGGUAUAGGACCCGGUUUUGCUGCCGGGCUCUUGGGAGUUUUGGGAAUCCUUAUUUUCAAGGUGUCAUGGCGCUAUGCAUACUUCAGGUUUCUGGAAAAUGCCUAUGACAAAAUCUGCGUAAUGAUUGCAUUGAAGACUGCUCACCUGAGGAGGAACUUCCUUUGAGCCCUACAACUAUCCAAGUGCUUGUUGCUGUUGUUGAAUCAGUCAGAAUGAGCAAUAUCUUCCAGGAACCACUCGAUGUUUCCGAAUCAUCUACAAUUGAAGAAAUUGAUCUUCCGGACAUUUGAAGGCUGUUUUCUGGAAUAUGUGAUGCUGUUUCUUGUGAUUUGUAAAGCUGGACUUGUGAAGCUGUACUUUUUCUUGUGAUUUCUGAAGGGGUUGUACUUUUUCUUGUCAGGUGUUUGAAGUUGGACAAUUUUUAAGCUAUGUAGCAGUGUUUUACAUGGUUAUUUGGCUGUAGUUUGUGCGUUUAUUUGGCUGGACAAAACCUGUUAUGGUAUAUUGGCUCUUAUGAAUGUUGUCUCGUAUGGAAUUAGACUGUAGUUUGUGUAUUUGUUGACUGCAGCCCCUGGAGUUUGUGUUGUAUGGAUCAUGGAUGUUAUGGUCUUAUUUGUCUUGGAUGAAAUAUGGUUAGAGUUUGUGUAUUGUUGAAUGUGAAUGGCAUUGGUUGCCAAUCCUAAUAUUUUUUGUUGA